UUUUCAUUUUUUUUUUUGCAAGCGUCGCAUUAAGCAAGUUGUAAAAUCGUAAUCGGUGAUUGAUUGUCAGUAGCUGCCUUGGACGCGCGCCACAUCAGUUAUUAAAUCUGUAAUUGUCCUUCUCCUGGGGUUACCAGCCACUGCUGAAGGACAACAGUCAACUGUAAACCCAACAGCUGGGGGUGAGAUCCCAAGGCAAACAAAGAAACGCUGCCUGCCACACACAAACACGACCGCAAUCACAUCAAUCUCUAGCAUACACGCACACUAACGCAGCCAGGGGAAAGACAGAGCAAGAGCGAGUGAGAGAGGGAGAGAAAAUGGGACGCGUAUUUCUGGAGCACCUGGGAGGCCUGAAGCUAUUCAACUGCGCCCAGUGCCAAACGAACCUGACCAACCGCAGCCAACUGAUCAGCACAAGAUUCACCGGGGCGACGGGCCGUGCGUAUCUGUUCAAGCGCGUGGUCAACCUGACCUUCAGCAACAUACAGGAGCGUGUGAUGCUCACCGGACGGCACAUGGUGCGCGACGUCAUGUGCAAGAACUGCGGCGCCAAGCUGGGCUGGAUGUACGAGUUCGCCACCGAGGAGUCCCAGAAAUACAAGGAGGGACGCGUCAUUCUGGAAUAUGCAUUGAUCAACGAGGCCGAGGGCUUUCCUGCAGAGGCGCCCACCUCCAGUCAUUGAAUCUGAGCGAGAGCAGGGCUAGUAGCUGCCCUCACCGAUCCGCAUACCCGAAGAGACCAUACAUAAGGCGACCCGAACCGCGCAUAACCCCUAGUAUUGAAUAGCAAGCCGUAGGCGAGGGCUUUUAAUAUAAAUUAAGCCUAAUUAAGAGAACAGAUCGCCGUAGUCAAUGAUUGAACUCCGCGCCUGUGUCAGAGAGAUGCAGGGGCACGUCACGACGGUAGACGCACAUAUGUAUGGCCCUGUCUUAACGUUACUUAAACGUAGUUUUUAGGCAUUUAGCACAUAAGCAGCUGCGGCUUUUCCCCUCUAUUGUAAACAAUGCCAUGAGGCUGAACCGCGGAAAGGUUCGGUUGCAGUCGCUGUUGCAAAAAACCAACCAACCAAACCAUCGAUCCGAAUCACAUUUAAUCGAGAUCUCUAGCCCGUAAAUAAAUCAACAAUAAAGCACA